ACAACGUCGACUAUUCCUAUUCAAAUCAUCACAGAUUGGCUCUGCCUCCCCGCCUGCUGUGAUGUCUCUGUCCAGCAUCCCCGCCGUGAAGGACAAGCGGUUCCACUCCAACCCCCUCAAAGGCAGGCCUGUCCGGUGUUCGGGUUACUACGCUGCCCCGCUGCCCGGAGCCCACCACUACAUGAACAUCUUCAGGAGCUCUCAGCAUCCCCUCCACCCGCUCAAGUCUCUGGGACGGCUAGUCACCGACACCCAGGCAGUCAUGCCGUUCAACUUCACCACAGGAACACCCUCGUUCUUCGGCAACGGCGGCCACCAAGCCACCGCCGUUAACGUUCUUCACGAGCAGAUCUUCAACGUGUCGCACAUCCCGUACUUCAACCGGAUGAUGCCGGGAGUAGGACACACGAUUUACUCCAAGCACGAGGAGCUGGCAGCGGUGGUGACCGAGCACGCCAUCGGCCCGUUAUCUGUAGGCCUAUCAGACUUAAGCAGUCCUGCCUCGAGCAAGAGGUCCUCCGCUCCCUCACCGUCUAAAGAAAGUUUAUUCCACCUCAGGGGAACCGAACUAUCACCGGAGAAAACGCGCACUUAUAGUUUCAGCGAGGACGACCUUUUCAUGGUCCUGUAUGGAUGUUCCCGGAGCCAGGUGCAGAAUUCCGGUCAAGCCAUCUCCGGAGUAGCCCUGCUUGGGAACUCAGUUUGCAACAGCGAACAACUCACCUUGGAAACUGAGGCGCUUGGACUUCCAGAAGGGUUAUCUAUCCACCAGACAAGUUACGGCAGUUUGUCCCACUACGGAGUUUACGCAGAGAAGAGCGCCAUCACAAAGGGAACCCGGUUCGGCCCAUUUCAGGGGAAACUGGUCAAUACCAGCGAGAUCAAAACAUAUGACGACAACACGCUGAUGUGGGAGGUGUUCGAGAACGGCGGGUUGAGUCACUUUGUCGACGGCCGGGGCUCGUCCGGUAACUGGAUGUCCCUAGUGAAGUGCGCACGCUUCCCAGAAGAGCAGAACCUGAUCGCGGUACAGAGUAAGGGACAGAUCUUCUACGAGGCCUGUAAGGAGGUCCAGCCGGGCCAGGAGCUGCUGGUCUGGUACGGGGACUGCUAUGUUCAGUUCCUGGGGAUUCCUCUCACUCUGAAGGACUCGCUGGAGGAGGGGAAUACCAUGCUUCCACUUGAAGAUUCUGGAGAGGGUUUUAACUGUGAUCGGUGUGGCAAAGUGUUCGCCUAUCAGUACUACAGAGACAAACAUCUGAAGUACACGCGCUGCGUGGACCAGGGCGACCGGAAGUUCCCGUGCAACCUCUGCAGCAGGUCGUUUGAGAAGAGAGACCGAUUGAGGAUCCAUGUACUACACGUACACGAGAAACACAGACCACAUAAGUGCUCAGUGUGUGGGAAGAGUUUCUCUCAGUCUUCAAGUCUCAACAAACACAUGCGCGUGCACUCUGGAGAGCGCCCUUACAAGUGUGUGUACUGUAACAAGGCCUUUACUGCCUCCAGCAUCCUGCGCACGCACAUCCGCCAGCACUCCGGAGAGCGGCCUUUCAAGUGUAAACACUGCGGGAAAGCCUUCGCCUCGCACGCGGCUCACGACAGCCACGUCCGGCGCACCCACGCCAAGGAUAAACCCUACCCGUGCCGCGUGUGUAGAAGCACCUUUCAAGAAGCGACAGAACUCACUAACCACAUGAAGAGUCACACAAAAAGACCCCUCUCAGAAACCACAGUUGACCCUACCAUCUCAAUAAACGGAUCUUUGGAGGAUACCACAACGACGCUUUCAGUCACCAAGGACUGCAGGACGCAAAGACUGACGGAGGAGAACAUCUCGUACACAGGACUGACGGUUCUGAACCCAGAAUAUCGACCCUGGAACUAAAACCAUUCUAUAGAAUUUGAAUGUGGCAUUCUAGAAUGUGCCGAAUACAUUUCGAUUAGAGCUCAAAUCGUUGCUAGGACACUUCCAAAAACAUUUUUUUUUCUUAAAGAUAAUAACUAUUGCAAAUAUAUUUAAUACCACAACUUUACUGUAUUUUAUGACACACUGUACAUAACUUUUUUUUGUUAAAUGUAUUUAUUUUUAAGAAUCUGUUUUGAUGUAAUGAGAGUACGUUUUUUUUGUCUAAAAUCUUUUGUUAUUUGUGUUAUUUGGUUAAUUAUUGGUGUUGAUCAAUGUAAUAAUGCAAGAUUUUAACGAAAUGUUACAUAAUACAUGUAUUAACGUUCGUUGAGCACAACUUCUUAUAGUUCAGCAUUAAAAUCGGCAUGUAUUAUUAUUUUAAAAUGCCAUGUACAAGUUUUUCAUUUAUACAUGCAUCCCCGGACUUGUGUUAAUUUAAACGUGUUAAUUUAUCGUCAUACAAUGUUUAUCGUGCUACCUCUAAAUCCAUCCUAUUUCGGUCUUUCAUGGCUGACUCUGCUUUUACCGACUGUCUGUUUCGUGUCUCUUGUGUAUCUGUGUUUAACUGUUUAAAAGCAUCGGCUUUCUAAUAAAUAUGAA